AUGCCGACCGCAACUGUUUAUGUUUUGGCAACAGGUAUUAAAACUAGUCCGUUACGUGUCAUUAUUGAUACCGCAAGCGAUCGCAACUAUGUGACUGAGUCAUUCUGUAAAUCCGCUCAACUAGAGAUAACACCGAUCGAGGCUCAAGUCAUUUCUAUAGGCCAUGUAAAUGAUUCCGCAGCCAAUGAAGGGUAUUAUAUUCCACAUUUUGCCGUGAUUAAAGACAGCUCAUCCACACCGUUACGAAUUGUAUUUGAUGCAUCAGCAAAGAAUGCUGAAUUUCCUUCCCUGAAUGCCAACCUAUUUUCCGGGCCAAAGCUACAGUCUAACAUUAUCACAAUUCUUCUUAACUUUCGUUUUGGCGAAAUUGCGUUAACGGCCGACAUUAAACAGAUGUACAGAAAUAUAUUAAUUCGUGAUCAAGAUAGACGAUUUCAAAGGAUACUUUGGAGAUUUUCUCCGGAAGAUCCCCUCGGCAUUUAUGAAUUAAACACUGUCACAUUUGGUAUUACGUCAUCUCCUUUUCAUGCGUUACGCACUAUUAAACAACUAGCUAAAGAUGAGAGCAAAAAUUACCCCUUAGCCACUGAUAUAAUUCAAAAUGAUAUUUAUAUCGACGACGUGGUUACUAGUGCAGACACCGUCGAAAUCGCAAAACAACUUUACGUUCAAUUGUCGAGUACCAAAAAUUAUAUUCGUUGUUCUCUUUACGGUUUUGCGGAUAGUUCAGAAAAGGCUUAUGGGGCUGUGAUUUAUAUCAAGCCUUGCCAUGAUAAUAAAUAUUACCUUCUUAUUUCAAAAUCAAAAAUUACUCCAAUUGAAGUUCAAACUUUAGCUAGGUUAGAGUUGUGUGCGGCGCAUUUAUUGGCAAAAUUAUUAUCCUUUGUCAUAUCUUCCAAUCAUCAUUCUUUAUGUAUCGAAGAAAUAUAUGGUUUUACGGACUCGAUGAUUGUGCUUCAUUGGUUAACAGGACCAGCUCAUAGAUGGAAAACUUUUGUCGCAAAUAGAGUAACGAAAGUUCAUGAUUUACUUCCUUCUGCCAAAUGGUAUCAUAUUUCUUCCGAGGCAAAUAUUGCCGAUUGUGUUUCUCGUGGUUCAUUACCAAAUACAUUGCUUAAUAAUAGUAAUUGGUACACAGGUCCCUCAUGGCUUUACUCUCACAGAAGUCAUUGGCCCAUACGUUCUACGUUAGAUUCCAUGCAAAAUGUUCCAGAAGAAAAAGUUUCAUCUUGCUUAGUGGCAAACUCCUAUUUCAACAGAGCCGAAUUAACUAUAAUCAAACUUAUCCAACAAAUCUAUUUAUUCGAAGAAAUUGAUUGUUUGAAAAUGUACAAGUUUCCUAAAAGGUAUCGGACUUUACGACUAUUUUUACAUGAUGGGUUCUUAAGAGUUGGUGGACGUUUAACACAUGCUAACCUGAAUUUUGAUCAUAAAUUUCCCUUGCUUUUACCCAAAAAGGAUCACGUGAUAAAUUUAAUAAUUGAUUAUUAUCAUGAGAAACAUUUACAUGCUGGUCCACAUUUACUCACUUCCAUUCUUCGUCAAAGAUACUGGAUUUUAUCCAUUCGCAGUAUUGUACGCCAACGUAUUCAUAAAUGCAAUAAGUGCUUUAGGAGUAAUCCUAAAUCCUUUACUCCUAUUAUGGCUGAUUUACCUUCUCCUCGUGUUAUGGAGGCAAAACCUUUUCAGCACACCGGUACUGACUAUGCUGGUCCCUUUCGCGUAACCAUGGGAAAAUUUAGAGGCCUUAUUAACUCAGAAACAUUUAGUGCAUCAUUAAACUCCGAACUUCACAAGCAUAAUAUCAAUUGGUCUUUUAAUCCGCCAGCCGCACCCCACUUCGGGGGUUUGUGGGAGUCCAACAUAAAAUCUAUAAAAGCGCAUUUAUAUCGAGUAAUAGAUGAACAAAUUCUUACUUACGAGGAAUUAAAUACCGUGUUAAUCCAAAUUGAGGCGCUUCUCAAUUCUCGACCAUUAUGUUGGAUGAGUUCCGAUCCAAGUGAUCCCCAACCUCUUACGCCAGCUCAUUUCCUCACUUUAACUCCCUUAAAUAUCCUUCCAUCAAAAAACAUAUUACAAAUAGAUUUACCGACGCGAAAACAAUUAAUUGAUAAAAUAAUACAAUCUUACUGGAAGAAAUGGCAUUCUGAAUAUUUAAGUGAUUUACAAUCACGUCAAAAGUGGAACACCCCUUCUCUCCCGGCUAAAAAGGGUAUGUUAGUUCUAAUCAAAAAUGAAAAUUUGCCUCUUCUUCAAUGGUCCAUGGGGGUUAUUGAAGACGUUUUUCCUGGAAAAGACGGAGAGGUGCGCACAGCUUUAGUAAGAACUAGGACUACGUUAUUAAAACGCCCUGUAGUAAAGCUCUGCCCCCUACCUACACAGUAA